AUGUCCGUAUCAGGUACACCGGUUUCUGAAGUUCCGUGCGCGAUUCCGGAAAUCAACCGUGUCAGUAUACGCAUUCCGCCGUUCUGGCCCGAACAACCGGCAGUAUGGUUUGACCAGAUCGAAGCGCAAUUCGCAAUCAACGGUGUUACAGCGGACACGACAAAAUUUUACUACGUGAUGGCACAAUUAGAGCACAAAUACGCGUUGGAGGUGCAAGAUAUUUUCGCCAAUCCUCCAGAAAAGGACAAAUACGGGACCCUAAAAAAGGAACUGGUUCAUCGCCUCUCAGCGUCGCAGAGUCAACGUAUCGACAAGCUUCUGGAGAAGGAAGAUAUCGGGGACAGAACACCAUCCCAAUUCCUCCGCCAUAUGCAGAACUUGGCAGGUACAGCGGUGACCGAAGAGUUUCUACGCACGUUAUGGGCACGAAGACUACCGGCCAUGACUCGCGCGAUAAUAAAUUCACAAGCUGACCUGUCGCUUAGUAAACUGGCAGAAAUAGCCGACCAAAUUCGGGAGAACACCGCACAUACAGGAGCCGCAAGUGCCUCCCACGACAGAACGAACGAGAGACUGUUCGAACGGUUAGAAGAACUGACACUGCAGGUGGCUGAGCUAACACGGUCUCGCUCACGAGAUCGGCCGAGGGGCAGCUUCCGAGAACGUUCGUGCUCGCCAGGAAGGAGUCGUCAAGCGGAAAAAGGCACUGCUGGUAUCACUGGAAGUUCGGAGCUGAUUCCAAAAGAUGUAAGGCACCGUGCAGUUUCCAGUCGGGAAACGAGGAGACGCGCCACUGAAUGCGGCAAUCAGUGA